AGCUGAGCUGCAAACCACUAAGCAGGGUGCGUGUGUUGCAGCGAUUCCUCGCUCACCCCAGGCUCGCGGGGGUGAUGCACCUGGGCAACAUCAGGCUGGGGACCGAAGCUCAGCAGCUGGGGGAGCUAUUGGGAGCUGCCGUUAAACGAACCCCAACCCCCUCCCUGGAUUUAAUGAAUGACAACACCGCCCCUUCCCCAAAAGAGCUGGAGACUAAAAGAGAGUCACCUAUCCCCUCCCCCACCCCUUUCUCCUCCUCCCUCACUUCCCCUUGUGCCUUCAGCCAGCGCCUCCUUAGCGGGCGGGCGGCCGGCCGAGGACUCUCCAGUUGGCCCCAGUUGGCAGCCAGUUUGGGAAGCCCGGGAGUUCAGGAAGCGUUUGGCGUCUCCUUGUGGCCCCCUCCCUCCCUUCCCCCCCCAGGUGACAGGAGCGGGGCAGAGCGGAGGGAGAAGCAGCUGGAGUUUGUCUGGAUUCUGCUCCCCGCUGGAUCCGUGUCUUCUGGGCUCCGGUUUCAUUGUGUGUUUGACUGUGCAGAGAUCGGCGACUUCCAGGCGGCGCUGGCUGACUUCGCUGGCCGGGCUGAGGCGCUCUGCGCCCGGGCAAGCCUCUCCUGGAUCCCUCCCUGCUCAGAGGCGGUGGAAGUGCUGGGGAUGAAGUAGCUUUCGCCUGUUUCUCGUCCCCCCCCCCCCGCCGGAUGCUGCCUGGCCUUUUGGGCUGCUUUUCUUCGCCGGCGAUGAGGGAUCUGCCUUGAAGAUGGAGAUUAUUUGUUUUUUCUUGCUGGCGGUGGUGCCGGUGUACAUCCAGGGCGACGGGGUUUAUGCUCCAGCUCAGGCCCAGAUCAUCCAUGCGGGGCAGGCCUGUGUUGUGAAGGAAGCUAACAUCAGUGAACGAGUGUACACUAUCCGGGAGGGCAACAUUCUGGUGCUGCAGUGUCUGGUCACGGGACACCCACGGCCGCAGGUGAGGUGGACCAAAACUGCUGGCAGUGCCUCGGACAAAUUCCAGGAGACAUCGGUGUUUAAUGAGACCCUUCGGAUUGAGAAGAUCCAGAGGCUGCAGGGAGGCCGCUAUUACUGUAAAGCAGAGAAUGGGGUUGGGGUCCCUGCCAUCAAGUCCAUUCGAGUAGAUGUGCAGUAUCUAGACGAGCCCAUUCUCACCGUCCACCAAACCAUCAGCGAUGUACGUGGCAGCUUCUACCAGGAGAAGACGGUCUUCCUCCGGUGCACAGUCAACUCUAACCCUCCCGCUCGCUUCAUCUGGAAACGGGGUGCUGAGACACUCUCCCACAGCCAGGAUAAUGGAGUGGAUAUCUAUGAGCCACUCUACACACAGGGUGAAACCAAAGUUCUAAAGCUGAAAAACCUGAGGCCACAAGAUUAUGCCAGUUACACGUGUCAGGUAUCCGUCCGGAAUGUCUGCGGCAUCCUUGACAAGACUAUCACUUUCCAGCUCACUAACACAACAGCCCCACCCGCUCUGAAGCUGUCUGUCAAUGAGACCCUGGUGGUGAACCCAGGAGAUAAUGUCACCAUGCAGUGCUCCCUGAUAGGCGGUGACCCACUGCCUGAGGUGGUCUGGUCUCACUCACCCAGCCCUAUGCCUCACAAUAGCCUUAUUCAAGAGGGUAACCUCACCAUAUGGGGGAUCCGCAUGGAAGAUUCAGGCUACUACAAUUGCACGGCCAUCAACAAUGUGGGGAACCCAGCUAAGAAGACAGUGAAUCUCCUGGUGCGAUCCAUGAAGAACGUCACCUUCCAGAUCACCCCUGACGUGAUCAAAGAGAGUGAGAGCAUCCAACUAGGGCAGGACCUGAAGCUCUCAUGCCAUGUGGAUGCCGUCCCCCAGGAGAAGGUCGUCUACUUCUGGUACAAGAAUGGGAAACCGGCCAGGGUCUCAGACCGACUGCUCAUUUCCAGGAACGACCCUGAGCUCCCACCAGUGACCAGCAGCCUGGAGAUCAUUGACCUGCGCUUCAGUGAUUAUGGCACAUAUCUGUGCAUUGCGUCCUUCCAGGGGGCCCCCAUCCCUGACCUCAGUGUUGAGGUGAACAUCUCUUCAGAAACAGUGCCUCCAACCAUCAGUGUCCCCAAGGGCCAGUCCACCAUCACCGUUCGGGAGGGCUCCAUGGCCGAGCUGCAGUGCGAGGUUCGAGGGAAGCCCAAGCCGCCCAUCAUCUGGUCCCGGGUAGACAAGGAGGCCCCCAUGCCCUCAGGUGCCAUGACAGUGGAGACUUACGAUGGGAAGCUGCACCUGGAGAGCGUUAGCCGAGAAAUGAGUGGGACCUAUAAGUGUCAGACAGCCAGGUACAAUGGCUUUAACAUCAGACCCCGGGAAGCUCUGGUACAGCUCAACGUACAGUUCCCCCCAGUGGUAGAACCAACUUCUCAGGACGUCCGCCAGGGCAUGGGCCGCAGCGUCACCCUGCGAUGCACCAUGCUGAAGGGGAGCCCCAUGAAGGUAGCCACAGCCGUCUGGCGCUUCAAUGGGAACCUCUUGACCCUGCCCCCCACAGAGCAGCAGGACUACUCAGAGCUGAAGGUGGACAGCGUGAACCGGGAGACCAGUGGUAGCUACGAGUGCAGCAUCUCCAACGAUGUGGGGGUCUCCACCUGCUUCUUCCAGGUGUCUGCCAAAGCUUACAACCCAGAGUUUUACUACGACACUCCCAACCCCACACUCAGCCAGAAGCAAUCCAAGAACUACUCUUAUGUCUUGCAGUGGACACAGAAGGAACCCGACGCAGUGGAUCCCAUUCUCAAGUACCGGCUGGAUGUCCGGCAGCUGAAUCAGAGGAACACUGUCCAAACGUUAAUUCCUGUGAAGAAGAUGGAGAAAGGCCUGCUGCUGGAGCACAUCUUGCGCAACUUGAAGGUUCCUCAGAGCUAUGAGGUUCGCCUGACGCCCAUCACCAACUUUGGGGCUGGUGAUAUGGCUGCCCGCAUCAUCCGGUACAUGGAACCGAUUAACUAUCCCAACCUGGCAGAUAACACCUGCCACUUUGAGGACGAGAAGAUCUGUGGCUUCACACAAGACAAGAUGGACAACUUUGACUGGACCCGUCAGAAUGCCUUGACUCAGAACCCCAAGCGCACGGUCAACACAGGGCCAUCCACAGAUAUCAGUGGCACAGAAGAAGGUUAUUACAUGUUCAUUGAGGCCUCCCGGCCCCGGGUGCAAGGAGACAAGGCCCGGCUCAUCAGCCCCCUGUACAACAUCACCGGCAAGUACUUCUGCGUCUCCUUCUUCUACCACAUGUACGGGAAGCACAUUGGCUCCUUGAAUCUUCUGGUUCGUGUGCAGAACAAACGGGCCAUCGACACCCAAGUCUGGUCGCUCAGCGAAAACAAAGGAAACGAGUGGAAACAAGCACACGUCCCCAUCAGCCCUCCAGGACCCUUUCAGAUCAUCUUUGAAGGCGUCCGCGGCACAAGCUAUGAGGGGGACAUUGCCAUUGACGACGUCACUCUGAAAAGGGGAGACUGCCCGAGGAAGUCGAUUGGCCCAAAUAAAGAUGAUGGCAAGCAAGCGUUCCUGUCUUCUGGCCAAGACAUUCCUGCUCCUUUCCUACUCAGCCACCUCUGCUCCUCUUCCUCCCCGUCCUCACUGGCACACCAAAGUGUCCAUACGUUACCAAAGACUGACAAGCAUGACCACGCAAAGGGAUCUGCUCAGAACCUGGUGGAUUCCUCAAGAAAGUCAUAAUGUCUAAAAAAUAAAAAAAUAAAAACAGAAAAUGAGAGAGAGAGAGAGAGAGAGAGGAAGGAAGAAAACAAUCACACAAGAAGGAAUGAAGAAAAAUGGGAAUGACAAAAAUGUAAAGAACAAAUGAAGGAGGAAACUCCCCCUCCCCGUGUUUCCUUGGGAACAUCUGACAGGACUUCCUCAGGGAAGUGGGAACUUUGUUUUAAACAAAUAUAUAUAUAUAUAUUAAAGCACAAAUUUCUACCAGAACUGUUACCUUCUUUACUGCAGAGCCCACAGCUUAGGAGACCGUGUAUUGCAGCGCUCCCCUUUUGGCUUUCCAUGUUCCACCUUUAUCCUGCUGGCUCUGGCUACCGUGUACCAGCUGCAGCACCCCUACAGUAACAUCCCACCUGUCUCCAUUUGGGGCAGCUCACCUCCCGUGUGCUGGUUGGCCAUAGACUCUCGCCCCAUGCUGCAUGUGCUUCAGUGUCUCCAUCCGCAUCUUCCAAACUUCCAUAUAUUCAAUUGUCUAUGUGUGAUUUGCUUUAAUCCACAUCGCACUCCUUCCCCAACUCGCUGUGUCCUCCCACCCCGCCCAAAGAAGACAACAGCGGAGUGGACCCAUCAUCUGGAUUGUACUGAGUGGUGGAAAAACCCUGGGUCGAUCCAACUGCAGUACCGGCCACCGAAUGCUCCCAGGUGCUUCUCUCUCUGCAUCUCUCACUUCCCACCACUGGGUGCACAAACUCUGAUGAUGGAGCUGAGGCUGCAAACAAAAGAAGCCUCUCGGUGGGAUGGAGCUGGCAGGGUGGUGACAUGCGGACAGCACUUGUCAGUCAGUGCACAUUGGAGUGGGAGCUGCAGCAGCCUUGAGGCCAGGAUCUCCUCUCAGAUUUUUUUGGUUAACUAACUUAACUUCUUUCUUCAUUCCACUGUUAGCCUUCCCUGCCCCAAGCUCCUAUUUCCUUUCAGACUGUGGGGAGAGGCAUGGAUUUGCACCCUUUACACUUCCCCACCCCAAACCACAGGCCUCUCCUAGUCUCCAACCCUUGUGCCCUCUGAAUGGAUCUGAAAUUGCAGCUGCUGCCUUGAGCUCCAAGGACUUUUGUUUCCCAGGAUGUAUUAGCCACAAGGGAGGUGCAGGGGGGCAGCUGGGUUCCCUUCACCAGAGUAACAACCAGAGGAGCCAGGGGAUGGAAUGGGCCCUGAAGCUCCUGGGUGACUGGGCAAAGCAGGUGGCUGGAUCCCAAAGAGGGGAUCAUUCUGGUUUUCACUUCUGUUGGCUGC